UCUUAAUUAUGCAGUCACCCUUUGUUAUCGCACCCUCUUAAUUAGUCACCAUGUGUACACGCCACACCUUUGUUUGACUUUGUACUACAUCCAUUAUUUGAGCAGAGCCUAAAUCCAACCUUCCAUGAUUUGAUCUAUUGGCCACGCAUAAGGCAUGAGCAUUUAUUUUUUGUACUCCUGCUGCCCGUCAAUGCUCAGCCACCUCAUUGUAAGUGUGUACACUGUCUCUAUCGUUGGUCAUGGAGCUAAGGAAUUGAAACACACCCUUUUGUGCUUCUGAUUUAGGUACGCUCUCUCUAUCCAUCUCUCUUUGUGCUAGAUUACUCAAGUUUCUGCACUUGCUCAGCAAGUUAGCGAUCUGCGUAGUUCAACUCAAAUGAAACUGGAACCCGAUUGUGCUAUCUAAUACGAGUACGUGCUAUAAAUGUUUCCUAGCUAAGCUAUUCGUUGCUCAAGAGUUUUGUCCCCCCUUCUCUGUGAGAGAGAAGAAAAUCCCUAGGCGCCGUCGACCUGGUUCGUGGUUUCCGCUGGUUCCCCUCUCCUCCCGCAGCUUAUUCGGCUUCCGGGGGUGAGGAAAACUACGGAUCAACGCUCGGAGUCCAGUUUGCUUUUCAUCCAUGUUUGAUUCUUGUGUCCUUAACGGCAAAGUCUCAACUGUGGAGGUGGAGUCAUAUACAGAAUAAAAGUCACAUGGUUCUAUCCUCCCUCUGGUGUGGCUCUCGUGGAUGUGACCUAUGCUGGGCAACAAAUGGUGUUUUGGUCCUAUGGAUCGACAACUCCGUUCUCUUUGAUAUGUUGAUUUUUUUUCUUCUUCCAACCUUCUUUCCCGGUAGUACAACGACAAAGAAGCAUUUCGGCAACAUCUCUUGCAAGGGGUGCGCUGCCAGCCAUAGUGUGUACAGUGAUCUUAGGUACUCAUUUGUUGGGGGUUGCGGCUGAUACAAGUUGUUCUUUCAAACCUGUGAGGCCAAAUAUCAUCAUAUGGACUUAACAAGUAGCACCGCCGUGUGGUGGGCCAUUGUGGUCCUUUUCCUCACGUUAUUAGCCACCCAAAAGAUCUCAAGAGCAAGAAGAAUGAGUUGCAUUGAUCCACAGUGUACAAGCCAACAACUUCCACCAGUGGUGAAUGGAGUUGCUCUCCUGAGACUAUUACCUACCCUCCUGAAGGAGGGCCUACCUUCUAUGGUUAAUGAUCUGUAUGUCAAGUAUGGCAGUGUCUUCACAGUAAGUUCAUUUAGACUCAAGGUAACACUAUUGAUCGGGCCAGAGGUGACGGUGCAUUUCUUCCAAGGUUUGGAGUCAGAUAUUAGCCACGGCAAUCUGCUCGAGUUCACAGUGCCCAUGUUUGGCAAAGCAGUUGGUUAUGACAGAGAUAAAGCCACACGAAUUGAGCGGAUGCGCUUCCACACUGAAGCACUGAAGGCAUCAGGGCUGAGGAGCCAUGUCCAUCCCAUGCUUCAAGAAGUGGAGGUAUAUGCGUUUUUUACCAGUCUGUUGUAAACUAAAUCAAUUAUCAUAGUUUGGCUUUAUGCAUCCUCGAGUUCUAACUAACUCUUAAUAUCACGUUGGCGUAGAGGUCAGGUGUAAUUGGUACCAUAUUCAUAUUAAUAUAUUACUAUUAUCGAAAUAAUUGCACAAAGCUUACGGCGAG